GUAGCGGCUCUGCUGUUGGUCGGCCCAGACGCCUCGGGGUCUUAGGCCGCACCGUUUGCGGGCACCGGGCCCUGGCGAAGGAAGGACGAUGUUCCGGAAGAGUGCUGGAGGCAGCGGCCUAAAGUGAACCGCAGGCAGUGCAAGCGAAACCGCCGCCGCGUCAGUCCCGGCGCCCGGUUCCCCCGGCGCCCGUCCGGCUGGCCCCGCCGCUCUGGCCCCGUCAGGCCCCUUUUCUCUGCGCUGCGGCGGGCGGAGGCGGCGGAAAGAAAAGCCCAUGGAAGGGAACCGGGACGAGGCGGAAAAAUGCAUUGGAAUUGCACGAGAGGCCCUGGAAGCCGGCAACCGAGAACGGGCGCUGCGCUUCCUCAAUAAGGCCCAGAAGCUCUAUCCGACUGAGACCGCGAAAGUGUUACUGGAGGCAAUUAUGAAGAAUGGGAGUGCAGCUGGAAGUGGUACUCACUGUCGAAAACCAGCAAGUGGGAAUGAUAAAAGUAGAACUAACAGCACGAAGGAAAGCAGUGCAUCUGCUGCAGGUGAAAUUGGGAAGACUUACACCAAGGAUCAAAUUGAAGGAGUACAAAGCAUAAAAAAAUGUAAAAAUUACUAUGAAGUCCUUGGAGUGUCAGAAGAUGCAGGUGAAGACGACUUGAAGAAGGCUUAUAGAAAGCUUGCUCUGAAGUUUCAUCCGGACAAAAAUCAUGCACCAGGAGCAACAGAGGCUUUUAAAAAAAUUGGAAAUGCAUAUGCUGUGUUGAGUAAUCCAGAAAAACGCAAACAGUAUGACUUAACAGGCAGCGAAGACCCCUGCAAUCAACCAGGCAAUGGUAGAUUUAACUUCCACAGGGGAUGUGAAGCAGAUAUCACCCCAGAGGACCUCUUCAACAUGUUCUUUGGGGGAGCCUUUCCAACAGGAAGUGUACAUUCUUUUUCUAGUGGGCGGUCUGGCUACAGUCACCAUAAUCAGCAUCGUCAUAGUGGACAUGAAAGAGAAGAGGAAAGGGGUGAUGGGGGGUUCUCCAUGUUCAUUCAAUUGAUGCCAGUUAUUGUGCUGAUCCUUGUUUCUUUGCUUAGCCAGUUGAUGGUGUCUAAUCCUCCUUAUUCCUUAUAUCCAAGAUCGAGUUCAGGGCAGACCAUUCAGAUGCAGACAGAAAAUCUGGGUGUUGUUUAUUAUGUCAACAAGGACUUUAAAAAUGAAUACAAAGGCCCAAAUUUGCAAAAGGUGGAAAAGGGUGUAGAAGAAGAUUAUGUCUCAAACAUUCGAAAUAACUGUUGGAAAGAAAGGCAGCAAAAAACCGAUUUACUCUAUGCAGCAAAAGUUUAUCGGGAUGAUCGUCUGCGAAAGAAAGCAGAAGCUAUUUCCAUGGACAACUGCAAAGAGCUAGAACGAUUAACCAGCAUCUAUCGAGGAGGAUGAGCUAGGUUUCUGAUCUAUACUGCUUGAAGUACAUGCUUUCUGAGAAAAAUACUGUUUUCAUCAUGACAACUGAAAAGGAGAGAUGUAAAAUUCUACAGUGUAGCUAUUUCCAAAAACCUUAUCCUGAAGUUUCAAUAUCAUUUAGUAGCCUCUUUACAUAGUCUGAAACAUAUGACAAGAGACUGUUUACAUCAUUGAAUUGUCCUUCGUGUUUUACUCCCAAAACUUCUGUGAACUUUUCCACAAGAAAGAAAGCAAUUUGGACAAGCAGCUCCACUAGAGAUGUAGAUGUAGUGGCUCUCUUACUAAAACACUUGCCAUGUAAAUAUAUGUGGAAAAUUACUUUUAUGUAUAUAAAAAUGUUAUGGACAUUCAAAGGCAUUUAGAACAUUAAAGUUUUAAUCUCAAUAGGUGGAAUAAAUAAUAUGACUACAUCAUUACUUAUUCAGAUGUCAGGUAUGUGGAACUAAGGAAGGAAAUAGUCAUAGGUUUCUUUUUUUUCUUUUCUUUUUUCCUUAGUAACAAAAUUAAGAUCUGUACUGGAAGAAAAACGUAUCCUGAACAUACAUUGUACAUGAAUUCUUAAUAGCAGAAUAUUUUGGUGUUCAAAAAGAAAGCAGUUAAGCAAAUGCUGCUGUUUAAACCCGUCCUUAGUUUGGGUUUCAUUUCGUUUUUAUUUUUUAAAAAAUAAUUCAAUAUUCUAGGAGUGUUUUUAACCUUACAGCUCCAGCUCCUAUUCUGGUAUCAAAAGUCGAUUAAGAAAGUUGUUCUUAAAGUUCAGCUUUGUGCCUUUUGUUUGGUUGGUUGACCUUAUUUCUGAAUUGUUAUGCAUAUGAAUGGAAGCCAUGGUCUUGCCCAAGCACGUGAGCUAAAGUCUUAAUGUAGCAGCUUCAGGCCAGGUGUGUAUGAAGGGUAGCACUGACGAUAAAAGUGAUCUUCUAAAGAUCAUAUAUGAAAUAUUGCUUAUAUAAUCACUUUUGCCUGUUUAAUUUACUGUUUUGGAAAAACUAAGAGACUUGGAAUUUCAGAACUGAGUUUAUAUGUUUAUAAGCUACCGUAUAAAUAACAUGGCAAAAUAUUUAUUUUUUGAUUCUUACACUUUGUUGUAAGGGUAGCCAGUGUGGGAUAGGCUAGAAAAUAUCUACUUUCACAUGAAUCAGCAAAUUAUUGUACCUUGUAACAUAAAGAUGCCACCUUUAACUGAAA